CCGGGCAGGCUCCUCGCGCCCUGUAGACUACAGAUCCCAGCAUGCCCGGGGAGCUGCGCCCCGGAGCGGACGUCCCACCGCCCUUCCCACCUCCGAUCUCAGCCCCCCAAAAUGGCGAGUGAAGCUGCCGGGACUCGCUAAGCAACGGAGGGGAGCGCGCAGAGCCGCCGCGGCCCUCGCAGUCUGGAGCCCGGCCGGGCCCUGCCGCGGGGAACAUGCACUUUUCCAUUCCGGAAACCGAGUCCCGCAGCGGGGACAGCGGCGGCUCCGCCUACGUGGCCUACAACAUUCACGUGAAUGGAGUCUUGCACUGUCGGGUGCGCUACAGCCAGCUCCUGGGGCUGCACGAGCAGCUUCGGAAGGAGUAUGGGGCCAAUGUGCUUCCUGCAUUUCCCCCAAAGAAGCUUUUCUCUCUGACACCUGCUGAGGUAGAACAGAGGAGAGAGCAGUUAGAGAAGUACAUGCAAGCUGUUCGUCAAGACCCAUUGCUUGGGAGCAGUGAGACCUUCAAUAGCUUCCUGCGUCGAGCACAACAGGAGACACAACAGGUCCCUACAGAGGAGGUCUCCUUGGAAGUCCUGCUCAGCAAUGGGCAGAAGGUUUUGGUCAAUGUGCUAACUUCAGAUCAGACCGAAGAUGUCCUGGAGGCUGUGGCUGCAAAGCUAGAUCUUCCAGAUGACUUGAUUGGAUACUUUAGUCUCUUUCUAGUACGAGAAAAAGAGGAUGGAGCCUUUUCUUUUGUACGAAAGUUGCAAGAGUUUGAGCUGCCUUAUGUGUCUGUUACCAGUCUUCGGAGUCAAGAGUAUAAGAUUGUGCUAAGGAAGAGUUACUGGGACUCUGCCUAUGACGACGAUGUCAUGGAGAACCGGGUUGGCCUGAAUCUGCUUUAUGCUCAGACAGUAUCAGACAUUGAGCGGGGGUGGAUCCUGGUCACCAAGGAGCAACACCGGCAGCUCAAAUCUCUGCAAGAAAAAGUUUCCAAGAAGGAGUUCCUGCGGCUGGCCCAGACUCUGCGGCACUAUGGCUACUUGCGCUUCGAUGCCUGCGUGGCUGACUUUCCUGAGAAGGACUGUCCUGUGGUGGUGAGUGCAGGCAACAGUGAGCUCAGCCUCCAGCUCCGCCUGCCCGGCCAACAACUCCGAGAAGGCUCCUUCCGUGUCACCCGCAUGCGGUGCUGGCGGGUCACCUCCUCUGUGCCAUUGCCCAGCGGAGGCACAAGCAGCCCGGGCCGGGGCCGGGGCGAGGUGCGCCUGGAGCUGGCUUUCGAAUACCUCAUGAGCAAGGACCGGCUACAGUGGGUCACCAUCACCAGCCCCCAGGCUAUCAUGAUGAGCAUCUGCUUGCAGUCCAUGGUAGAUGAGCUGAUGGUAAAGAAAUCCGGAGGCAGUAUCAGGAAGAUGCUGCGCCGCCGGGUCGGGGGCACUCUGAGACGCUCAGACAGCCAGCAAGCAGUCAAGUCCCCACCGCUGCUUGAGUCACCUGAUGCCAGUCGGGAGUCCAUGGUCAAACUCUCAAGCAAGCUGAGUGCUGUGAGCUUGCGGGGGAUUGGCAGUCCCAGCACAGAUGCCAGUGCCAGUGAUGUCCACGGCAAUUUCGCCUUCGAAGGCAUUGGAGAUGAGGAUCUGUGAUCUCCAGUGCUCGGAUGUCUGCCCUCUACCCUGGAAUUAUGUUCAGAAACUUGCCCUGUGCCUGUAUAUCCCAAGCUGGGGAGUCGUCUUCUUACCUUCUCCUUUUCUCUUCCUGGCCAGGAGCCUCCUAACCUACCUUCCCUUCUCCCCCAGGCUGGCUGCAAAAAGGACUGUCCCCUCUUUCCAGAGCUGGCCCUCAAUGCCAAAUUAGCAUUUAGUAUUUUGCACAAAGUCCAAGGGACCAUGGCUACCUGCCUUGGGGAGGAACCACAGCUCCUCCUGGGCUGCUUCUGAGGCCCCAGGCCAAGGGGAUGGGCAGAAGUCUCUGUGUGGUCUGGCCCAGUUCCCCCUCAUUAAACUCAGCCUGAUUGCUGCCUA